AGAGGUAGACAACACUUAUAACAGGAGUGGAUUUUUAAUAACGUCUCCCAGCCAAGAGUUACUUAACUAUCCACGUAUAGAAUCCACCAUGGAUGGGAUUACGUUCACAAGAUCCACCGGAGAAACACCUCCGGACUCUCCUGUAGGUCAAGCCCCUGAUAUAAUUCAACAACAACAGCCGUACAGCUGGUGUGUCCCUGUAACUUUAGACAGUCCACCACCCUCAACAGCCUGUUCUUCUGGCCGAUCCUCCCCUGCACGGUCUUUCUUCUUCCCUCGGCUAGACGCUUCGGAUCAGUCUAACGAAAUACCCACAGCGGCGGAAAUACUGGAGGCUAUUCUCCCUAGAGAAGGACACGGUCCGAAAGAAGAACACAGAGAUGACGCUUGCUUUCUUGUGACUGAUGCCAAUCAAAUUCUAGCUUACCCACAGAUUCCAUUCGCACGUUCCAUCGGAAAUCAGGAGUUCAAAACAUCCGAAGUAAUUUCAAGUUCGCAAUCUGUCCAUCCCAGUGUCUCAUCGACCCACCGUCGUCGACGCGCUCCUCGACCUAAAAACGAACAAAAUUACUGUGUUUCUAAGUCUGUUGACACCGACUCGAGAAGGAGAGACCGAAAGAAGGUGCAGAACAAAGAAGCAGCAACACGUUAUCGUAUCAAGAAAAGGUUAGAAGCCCAGUGUCUUCAGACCGAGGAGAAUGUGUUGGUAGAGAAAAACAAUGAACUCAGAGAGAAAAUGAAGAAGCUGGAGAACGAGCUCUCUUACUUGAAAAGUCUCACAAAGGAAGUUCUCAGAAUGAAAGGAAUAAUUCCUUAAUUCUGUGAACAUCACGAUCCAGGAAGACUGGAACUAGUCUUAAACUGAGGGUUCUGUAUACAUCAACAGUGGAAGUAUGUGUAAACUCUUAAACUGAGGGUUUUGUAUACAUCGACAUUGGAAGUUUGUGUAAACUCUGAAACUGAGGGUUCUGUAUACAUCAACAUUGGAAGUUUGUGUAAACUCUUAAACUGAGGGUUUUGUAUACAUCGUCAUUGGAAGUUUGUGUAAACUCUUAAACUGAGGGUUUUG